AUGCUGCUGUUGGUGUUUAGGCCUUUUCCCAAGCGGCGAUUUUCUUUCCUCUUCAUUUUUUCAUCAAAUCUAAGCCUCUCAGUGACAGUGACUCUUUCAAGUUGCCCUUGGGGGGUGUCUCUUUUUACAUGUUUAUCAAGAAGUCGGCAGAGUCAUCGUUCAGAUGAGAGCCGCGCAGUCUUGACGAUGCUGCGGUAUCAUGACAGUAAGGUCUCGAUCUCAACACUGGACAAGGGAAAAAAAAACGGAGUGUCACACCCCACAUGA